AUGAAGAUAGUUAAAUUUAAUCUAUAUAGAGAUUGUGUAUUAGGAAAUGAAACAAACGAUAUCGAAGGAAUCAUGCCAGUCUCAAAUAUAUUUAGUGAUAUCUGUUCAAUACCUAUUGUCUCUUUAAAUUAUAAUUAUGAUCUUUCAAAAUUAAGAUAUAAACUUUUUACAUAUGAAUCCAAUAAUUUAGUAUACUAUGUAAAUCUUUGUUCAAAUUAUACAUCACCCUGCUUACCCCAAGACUCUGUCUGUAUGACACCCAAAGACAAUGUUCACAAUGUUUCUGAUCUUGCAUAUUCAUCAACAUUAGAUAUAUCAUCAAAUGGUGUUGAAGGUCUAACUUUUUAUUAUAGUGGGGGACAAUGUUUUAGUUCCAGAUACAACACAACGAUUAUUAUGAUAUGUAAUGAUGGUGGAAAUUCACAGAUAGUUGACAUCUUGGUGAACGGUUGUCAAACCAAGAUCAUCAUUGAAUCGGAAUAUGCGUGUGGAUCAUAUAUUGAUCCUUCGAGUUCAUCCGGAUGUAUUUACUCGAUUGGUAAAAUGUUUACACGCUGCUGCAGAGAUAGAAAUGAAUCGAAUAAUUAUCAACCGAUCUCCGAGGCAUCUUCAUCUUCACACACAGAGAAGAUUCAACAUGAGUACACUGAUGGCAAGCUUUCUCAACAAGGUGAACUCUGUACAAUAUGCUGUGAGAAUAAAGUGAACACCGUCUUGUUAAACUGUGGUCAUGCUGUACUCUGUGUGGAAUGCACCGAAAAACUAACAAAAUGUCCUCUAUAUUCUAAAUCUAAAGAAUUGGAUAAUAAUCAUUCAAUGGAUGACAAUCUCCUCCUCUUAUGUUUCCCCCCAGAAGCAUUCAAAACAUUAUUUCCUAUGUGCUUUGCUUCUUUAACCAAUCUUAAAUAUAAUUAUACUUCAACACUCUGA